AUGACCGCCUUCAUCUCACCCUGGGGACUGUAUGAGUGGGUGAGGAUCCCCUUUGGCCUCAGUAACGCGCCUGCUGCCUUCCAGCGCAGUAUGGAGGAGAUGCUUAACACCCUGCGUGAUGACUGUUGUAUUCCAUACCUCGAUGAUAUCCUUUGCUACUCAACAGAUUUUGCUGAACAUGUCGAGGCGCUGCGCAAAGUCCUGAGAGCUCUUCAACAACACGGAGUCAAGCUCCGCCCAACAAAAUGUGAGUUGUUUAAGGCAGAGGUCAGAUAUGUGGGUAGGCUGGUCUCCGCAGAUGGAGUUCGAGUCGAUCCAAAGGACAUCGAAGCGGUCAAGUCACUCAGCCAAAAGAAACCAACUACUGUGGGAGAUCAGCACGAACGAGGAGACCACCGCAGACCCUUACCUACAACGCCCUGGGCCAGCCUUCUUACCAGCCGCAGGGGAUUGUGGGUCAUGUUGGACUGUGUGGAGUACAAACAUUGCCAGUAUGGGGAAUGCAACCGUGGCAAGUAA